GUUAGCGCAGCCUGUGACAGUGCACGUGACCCUGCCUGCGCAGUCGCCGUUGGUCUUUGUCCAGACUUGGAGCCAUCUACAACAUUGUACGUUGUACUACAUAGUACAGCGUCACAUUCCUUACUUGAAGGGAAGUAAUGGUACAGAAAUCCAGAUGUUUCCUUGUCAAUGCGCAGUCGCUGCCAUGGGCCAGAAGCAAGUCUCUACUGUGUCCAGGCCUUAUACAGACCCAGCGGCCCCUACUUCAAAGCUUUUCGUCAAAGGCGGAAUCCCAUGAAUCGGAGUACGCUGCUGCUCGGGAAUGGUUGAAGAAGUUCAAUGCCGUAGACUCAUUGCGCGAUAUAGGAGAAGUCAGCUACAGUCGGUCUAGUGGCCCAGGUGGACAGAAUGUAAACAAGGUUAAUUCAAAGGCACAGUUGCGUGUCCCUGUCGCUCGCCUCUUACCGUUGAUCCCUCCCAUCCUACAUCAAGGUAUUCUUGCCUCCCGAUAUUAUGCCGAGAGCUCGUCCAGCCUUGUGGUCCAAGCAGACGAGAGUCGAAAACAGCAAGCCAACAAGGAGACUUGCUUCCGCAAACUCGCCCAGCUAAUCAUGGACGAGUACAAGCGUGCAGUGCCAGGAGAGACCACUGAUGUCCAGAAAAAGAAGGUGGAAGGGCUUCAGAAGGCCGAAAACGAGGCAAGACUGAAGAAAAAGAAACUGCAUUCAAGCAAGAAGCAAUCGAGAUCAAAGAGUAAUAUGGAUUGAGUGAUCAUGACCAAGUCUAUCUCCGCAACUUUGUACCAAGUACCUAGUGAGCGUCCAGCGUACUCGAGACUGAAGUGGCCACCUGCUUGAUCGCUGGAUCAAGCUCGGGUGCUUCAGUGAGCUUCUGUAGCCAAGUCUUUGCCCACGCUGAAAUCUCUAGGCCACCCUUUGCCUGACACGCCUCCCUGAGUCGUACCAAAGCCUGUUUGAAAGCAGAAGGAAAUCCCGGUGACGAAGGGGGUACCCCCACAAGGGGAAGUUGUAUGAGGCAUAUCUGGCUGCACCAGCUCUCGGGGUUGUCUUUCGACAAUUUGGUUGCAAUAUGGUCUGCGAUCCUCCGACUCGGCGGCAGCUCGUCAUAUGCCACGAUCAUGUUGAAAAAGUCGUAUCCGACUUCAGGGUCUUUGAAGUGAUCCAUUGCUGCGUCGAAUAUGGCGAUGGGAAUGGCGCCACUCAGCGCUGGUGUAGACUCCAGGUUUUGCAAUGCAGCCUCAUCAGCUUCAGGGCCUUCGACAUCGGGGUUGAUAUCCAUGGCUGUCAGCUUUGGCAGCCGCAUCAUGUCCUCGUCCUCCUCCGAUGCCUGUGGGGCUUCUGGUCUGCCGUCGGCGAUGCCCAAAAUUUCUCUGCGCGCGUGGAUUUUGGCAAUAUACGAGAGCUCGAGUCUUGCAUAUUCCAGCCAAAUUUGACGCGAGCGCUUGCAAAAUCGGAGGCCGCGCUGCAUGUAGCUUCUUGCUUCCGUCAUGUCUCCGUUCUCUUCCAUGGCAAACUGCGCAGCAUAGAUCCACAGGUCUGACUUUGUAGGGUGCAACCGUAAGACGCUCGCAAAC